AUGCAACGUCUCUCUGACACAGAUCGCCGUGUACUAGCAGAGAAUGUGCAGAAGCAGGCCAAGUCGAACAGGAUAGAAGAAUGGAAGAGCUUUCCCCUCAACACGGACGAGGAACGUCUGUCUUGGUGGUCAAGAAGACAAGAUCUUAUAAGGAAAGGCAUUGAAGCAGGCAGUAGUCACGCAUCUCAGGAGAGCCCUGCGCAGACGGAACCGUGGGUCAUGGAGUCGAGUCCUGUGGUGGCACAACACUAUGAGGAUGUGCGGUCAUCAGUUGUGGACGGAUCAAACCUCCCGUUUGCGCAGCAGCCUCGGUUGGCGCAAGCUGCGUGGCAGUUAGCACCAGAUGUACUCGGUGUUCCAGAACCCGCGCCAGGUCUUCUUCAUCAAGACCAAGACAUGACGGUUAUGUCGCCGCGAGGAAAUUUAGGAAACGAAGCGUAUUCGACAGGCGAUGGCAGACCAGAGCCUGUUGCACCUUCGGUGGGCACGUCGCUUGACUCGCGUCCUUCAACUACAGAACAAUGGCGUAAAUAUUUUUGA